ACAGCUGGGGAUGGCAUGCUCAUCAGUGAUGGCAGCGUGGUGUAUGCAGAAGCCCUCUGGGACCAUGUCACGAUGGAUGACCAAGAGCUGGGAUUCAAGGCUGGCGAUGUCAUUGAAGUAAUGGAUGCUACCAACAAGGAGUGGUGGUGGGGGAGGAUUCUGGACAGUGAAGGCUGGUUUCCAGCCAGCUUUGUACGGCUGCGAGUAAACCAGGAUGAACCCAUGGAAGAUUAUCCCCUGAAGGUAGAAGGUGGAAAAGAGGACGACUCCAGCAGUGGCACCCGCCGCUUUGGGAUGGGGCAGACCACCAAAGACCAAAUGAGGACCAACGUCAUCAAUGAGAUCAUAAGCACAGAGAGAGACUACAUCAAGCAUCUGAAGGACAUUUGUGAGGGUUACAUUAAGCAGUGCCGCAAAAGAGCUGACAUGUUUACAGAAGAGCAGCUGAAGACAAUCUUUGGGAAUAUUGAGGACAUCUACAGGUGCCAGAAGAAAUUUGUUAAAGCACUAGAGAAGAAAUUCAACAAAGACCACCCACAUCUGAGUGAGGUUGGCUCGUGCUUCUUGGAAUAUCAAACAGAGUUUCAGAUAUACUCUGAAUACUGCAACAACCACCCCAAUGCCUGCAUGGAGCUGUCCCGCCUCACCAAAGUUAACAAGUACGUCUACUUCUUCGAAGCCUGCCGCCUGCUGCAGAAGAUGAUCGACAUCUCUCUGGACGGGUUUCUGCUGACUCCUGUGCAGAAAAUCUGCAAAUAUCCACUGCAACUGGCUGAACUGCUCAAAUACACCAACCCCCAACACAGGGAUUUUAAAGAUGUUGAAGCUGCCUUAAAUGCCAUGAAGAACGUUGCUCGGCUCAUCAAUGAAAGAAAGCGGCGGCUGGAGAACAUUGACAAAAUCGCUCAGUGGCAGAGUUCGAUAGAAGACUGGGAGGGUGAAGACGUCCUAGUAAGAAGCUCAGAACUCAUCUAUUCCGGGGAAUUAACCAAAAUCUCCCACCCUCAAGCCAAGAGCCAACAGCGGAUGUUCUUCCUCUUCGAUCACCAGCUUGUCUGCUGCAAGAAGGACCUUCUGCGCCGGGACAUCUUGUAUUAUAAAAGUCGGAUCAGCAUGGAUGAUAUGGAAAUCCUGGAUGUAGAAGAUGGGAAAGACAAGGACUUCAAUAUCAGUGUGAAAAAUGCAUUUAAGUUGCACUGCCGAGACACUGAGGAAGUGCACUUAUUCUGUGCAAAAAAGCCUGAGCAGAAACAGCGCUGGCUGAAGGCAUUUGAGAAUGAAAGGAGACAGGUUCAGCUCGAUCAGGAGACAGGUUUUUCAAUCACAGAAGUGCAGAAAAAGCAGGCCAUGCUGAACGCCAGCAAGCAGCACCAUAGUGGGAAGCCUAAGGCUGUCACCAGGCCAUACUAUGACUUUCUGAUGCGUCAGAAGCAUCCCACCCUGCCUACUACGCUCCCUCAGCAGCAAGUCUUCAUGCUGGCAGAGCCCAAGCGCAAGCCCUCGAACUUCUGGCAGAACAUCAGCAGGCUGACACCCUUCCGGAAAUAA